GUGCCACAAAUUUGACCUAUAAAUUGAGUACUUUUAUUUUUAACUUUCAUUUCACUUUUUAUGUUCUUCAUUGUUUUAAUGUAUUUUUUUAAAUGCACUAUCCAAUUAAGUCCUGAGGAUUCUAAUUAUACUAAUACUGAGAAGACUUCUUCUUGUAAUUGAAAAUGAUAG